UGAGUUAAUUAAGCGUUUCUUGAAGAAGUUGCAGCGUCGUGAUCAGCCAUCAUGGGGAAGACUCGAGGAAUGGGAGCUGGACGUAAGUUGAAGUCCCACCGUAGAAGGCAGAGAUGGGCAGAUAAGUCAUAUAAGAAAUCCCAUCUUGGUAAUGAGUGGAAAAAGCCUUUUGCAGGGUCAUCUCAUGCAAAAGGAAUUGUACUCGAAAAAAUUGGAAUUGAAGCCAAGCAGCCAAAUUCUGCUAUUAGAAAAUGUGCUCGUGUUCAACUGAUUAAAAACGGGAAGAAGAUUGCUGCUUUUGUACCUAACGAUGGCUGCCUCAAUUACAUCGAGGAAAAUGACGAGGUGUUGAUAGCGGGAUUUGGACGUAAGGGUCAUGCUGUGGGAGAUAUUCCUGGUGUUAGGUUCAAAGUGGUGAAAGUUUCUGGAGUUUCACUUUUGGCUCUCUUCAAAGAGAAGAAAGAGAAGCCAAGGUCCUAGAAACGCCUUCGCCAAUCACUGAUUUUUGUGUACUCUUAAUUUAAUUUAAAUUCAAAUCAUCCAUCAAAUUUUGAUAUACUCUUAAUUUUUUUAAUUUGAACGCUUAUGCAUGACAGUAUACAGGGGGUUGAUUAGAAUCA